GUAGAUAAAAUGGUUGCAAAUAGAGCAGCUGAUAUGACUGGAUCUAUAUACCAUGAGAGACAAGUAAAAGAGCUUUGUGCAUUACAUGCAUUAAAUAACCUAUUUCAAGAAACAGUAUUUAAUAAACAAGAAUUAGAUCAAAUUUGUUAUAGCUUAAGUCCAGAUGUAUGGAUUAAUCCCCAUAAAUCAUUGUUAGGACUUGGAAAUUAUGACAUUAAUGUUAUUAUGGCAGCAUUACAACGAAGAGAACGUGAAGCAAUUUGGUUUGAUAAACGCAGAGAUCUCAAAUAUCUAUGCUUAGAUAAUAUUGAAGGUUUCAUAUUAAAUGUAACAACAGAGUAUAAAUUAGGAUUCAUAUUACUUCCCUUGAAAAGAAGACACUGGAUUGCCUUGAAGAAAAUUCAUGGUGCCUUUUAUAAUCUUGAUUCAAAACUUGAUUCCCCACAACUCAUUGGGAAAGAACAUGAUUUGCUUGUAUAUCUAAAAGACCAGAUAGACAAUAAAGAGAAGGAAUUAUUUCUUGUUGUAUCAAGAGAGAUAGAUAGUAAUCAAGGAUGGUUAAUAAAUACAUACACAAAUAAAGAAGAAGUUAAUACACAUCAUGAUACUAUUACAUAUAUUGAAGAUGGCUAUGCAGAAAUGAAUUUAAAGAAAGAAGUGUCUACAGUAACGAAAGAAAAUGAAAAAUCACUAGAUAACAAAAAUUCUAGGUAAUUAAAGCUUUUUUAAUUUACUUAAACAAUGUACUCAUUGCU